AUGUCGUCAGCUCCAAAACUUGUCAGAGUCGCUCAGUCUGCUGUUUUCAACCAGUUCAUGACUCGGGAAGCAAUCAGCUCCGCCACUUUCCGUCCAGCUGAGCCAAAGCUAAUGGAGCAACCAAAAGUGAACAUCCGUAUCCACGAUGAGUCCACACACUUAAAGUUUGGAUUCCCAAAAACCGAAAAAAUGUCAAACCCAAACAUCGAUGAAUACAUCCAACUGAAUUGCGAGAAGCUGAUAAAUGAAGAGAAGGAUCGUCAAUGCGCCUUCUUGAAACUGUCCCAUCUUCGUAUCUAA